UCACAUCACUUUUAUCUUCCAAAAAGGUAAGAGAACAACAAAGAGAAAACUUUUUUUUUCUCUUCCAUCAUCAUCUUUAUCAUCAUUCUAAUCAACAUCUUAAUCAUUUACAUCUUCUUAGUCUCACCUUAAUCUCUCAAAGGUAAAGUUAACCAAUUGUAUCGAUAAUGUUAACAUUCAAAUCUAACGGUAAACUUUUAAUCCAAUUUCCUGAUCAAUUUUCAUGUGUCUCACAACCAUUGUCAUGAUUAACUGGAAAACAACUUUACAGUUUGUAAACAAUUAAUUUCAUUCAAGUUAUAAUCAAGCUAAUUAAAAGUUAUAUUCAUUGUUGAAAUAAAAAAACAAAAGUGUAACAAUCAAAAUUGACAAAAAAAACGAACCAAAUUAAGUGAAUUGUGAUUGUAAUUAUGAGCCCAUUGGUUUUAACUUUUACCUUCUUGAAUUAUUCAUUUUUCAUCAUAACCUUAUCAUCAUCACCAUCAACAACAGCAACAAUAACAUCACCAUCAUCAUCAUCAUCAUCAUCAUCAUCUUGUGUAACCUCAGCAUCAGUUAAUCCAGGUAAUCAAGCCUCGAGCAAGAUUAAUUCAGCCCAACUUGUCUCUAUAUCGGAAAAUAAUUCAGAACUUCAAUCAAAUCAAAGUGAAUCGACAAAAAUAGAUGAAGAUGAAGCUAAUCAGACCAACGAUGAGAGGCGAUUACUCAAUUAUCUCAUGAGAAAUUAUGAGAAAAAUUCUCGCCCAGUCAAGAAUGCUAAAAGUCCGAUUGUCGUUCGCCUUGGAAUAACCUUGACCCAGAUUUUUGACCUUGAAUGGGUUGAUGAUUUCUUAACCUGGGAUGUUGAAAAGUUUGGAAACGUUUCAAAGAUUCGGAUUCCAUGUGAGCUAAUCUGGCUUCCUGAUAUUGUUUUGUAUAACAGUGCUGAUGAUUAUACUCGUGGUUACAUGAACUCUCGAGCUAUCGUCGAGCCAAAUGGUAACGUUUUCUGGGCACCGCCGACAAAGUUUCGAAGCACUUGUCCAGUUGAUGUUACUUAUUUUCCGUUUGAUGAUCAAACUUGUUACAUGAAAUUUGGCUCAUGGAUUUAUGAUGGAUUUCAGGUUGAUCUUUGUAACCGAACUGCCCAAGUUGACCUUGAAAAUUAUGUUCACAACGGUGAAUGGGAUCUACUUGAAGCUAAACUUAAUCGUAAUGUUAUACAAUUUCCGUGUUGCAUUGAACCUUUUCCCGAUAUUAAGAUACUUUUAACCAUCAGACGGAAAACGCUUUACUAUAUGUACAAUAUUGUCCUUCCCUGUAUGAUGAUGUCCAUCUUGACCCUACUUGUCUUUUGCCUGCCACCCGACUCAGGUGAAAAAGUGGCCUUAGGGGUAACCGUUUUACUUGCAUUUUCCGUGAUCAUGUUGGCCAUUUCUGAAAAGUUACCAGAAACAUCAGAAUCUAUACCAUUAUUAGGUAUUUAUUUAACUACUGUGAUGGCCAUUACCUCGGUGUCCGUUAUAAUGACCGUUAUCGUGCUCAAUUUUCAUUAUCGAGGACCGACUCAAAGUGAAAUGCCUGAUUGGUUGAAAAACUUUUUACUCCAAGAAGUUAUUUCAACCAAGAAACAACACCAUGAUCAACACUUGACCAACCUUGAGACUCUCAACAGCAACAAUGACAAAGAUCAAACCAAAUUUGACCCAAAAAAAAACUUUUUUCAUGAUAAAUUUAAUUUCUCUAAUAAUUUUCCAACAAAUUUCUCUGGAGGUUCAAACAUUUUCUCAGGAUUUCAAGCGAACAUGGAUCCAGGAUCAUUCCUGAGUUUCCUAGAAUCACAAUCAGCCAAUUAUCAUUCUCAUCCUCAUUAUACAACAACAUCAACUAAUCCUGAUUAUAUCCGAGACAAUUCAAUGGAAACCAGUUCAUCAUCAACUGACCAUCGAUGUAAUCAUCAUCAUCCUCCUCAUUCACACCAUAAUAUUAAUCAGUAUCUUCUCAACAACAAUAACUCAUCAUCAUCCUCAUCAUCAUCACCAUUAGAUAUUAAAUUUAAUCAACAAUACAAUUCAACCAGAAACAGAUCAACAACCACAACGACAACAGCAUCAGCCACUGCAGUCGCUGCUGCAACCAUUGCAACGGCAACACCAACAGUACAAAAUGAUCGUGGACAAAAUCAAAAUGACCCAUCCAGUGGACACCAAGUGGACACACCUCAGGAAGAGAUUGUGAAAAUAUUGAAAUACUUGUUAUGGCGACAGGAACAGGAAGACCGACACAAUAAAGUUAUCCAUGAAUGGAGACUCUUAGCUCAAGCCAUUGAUAAAAUACUUUUCUGGAUCUUCCUUGCGAUCACUUUGACCUCAUCCAUUUCCUUUCUGGUCAUUAUCCCAAUCCAACGGCGAGGAUUCAGUUUCGCCUCAAUAAGAGGUUAACAAUCCAUUCCAAUAACGAAAGAAGCUCAAUUUUGAAAAGUUCAUUAAGAACAAAACGAAAAAAAAUGAAAAAUCUUAAUUCAUUUACAUUAAUUAACCUUUCUAACAGCAAAGACUAAGUUGAACAAAAUCUAAUCAUCCUAAUAACUUGUACCUUUUAUUGUAGCUAUCGAAGUUGAUUUAUAUUUAUAUAGCUAAUUGUCCUUGAUUGCGGCUUCACAAUCUUGUACAAAUUAACUGAUUCUAUUGUUAAUUGUUAUGUAUUCAGUGCCUUCUAAUUUUUCAAUUA